AUGAUUAAAAAUAAUGUUAAUAAAAUUCUGGAAAUUAUUGAAGCCUAUUUAAAACAAUAUACACGUGAAUUUACUUUAUAUGAUAAUCAUUUACUAUUUUAUAGAUAUUUAAGAAAUUUAUUGGCAUCUUCUUCAGAUUUUGACAAGUUAAAAGAAUUUAUAGAAAAAGGAGAAUUCAAUAAUUUACCAAUGGAUAUUUCAGAUAAAAAUGAAAUUAAAGCUAAAUCUUCAUUAAUUUUAUCUGAAAUUGCAAAUUCAUUUUAA